AUGGAUCAAACUUUGAAAAAGGACAAAUCAGUAACCGAAAUGGAAAGAGAAAAAAAACAAGAAUUAAGCAACAAACUUAAACAACUUGAUGAAUGCGACGAGGUAGUCUCAGUUGAAACGAUAAAUGCAAUUGGUCGAGUAACAGAGGAUGUUGUUGCUGCUGAUGAUAAUCCACCGAGUAGUGAUGAAUUGGAUGAGAAUCUCGAAGAGGAAUAUCAAAAUCUAAAUGAUAUUCUCGAUUUACCUGACGACACUUAUUCGCUUACUGCAAUAAAACCUGAAUUACCAGCUUGCGUAAAGUAUGGUGUACGUUCUGGCCUUACUCAUCUUAAUAUGUCCAAGUUUUCACCACUUUCUCGAGGCCAUCAGGGUGGAGCUAUAGCAAUCACUGCGUUCGCAACAACAGCAGUAUAUAAAUCAAGAUGUUGGAACGAAUCUGUAAUAGAUCAAAUUAUCGAAGAUGGUGAUACGUUUUAUUGUGAAUCUUAUGCAGAUAUAAAUACGGAUGAUCGUCGACGUUUAUCAAUUUUGGAUUUAAAAAGAAACGUAUUUGUUCAAAAUAAAUUAAACGUUAACGUAACGAUCAAGGAUCCAUCUUACGCAGGCAAGUUUCAUUCGCAAGAUCCAACCGAAUUGCAUUUAGUCAAAGCUUUGGAACUGUUUUUCAAAAGACACAAUUCUGGAAUUUUGACCUCGUCAAUUUUGAACUUGGCUAUUUGGAAAGAACCAAGAUAUUUUAAUAUAUUUGACGGUCAAGCUAGGAAAGAGACUUGCGAGCCAGCUAAAGAUGGAGAAGAUGGUUCGGCUAAAUUAUUUUUAGUCAAAGAUUUGAUAGGGGUUUAUUUUAUAAUUCUUGAAAAGAGUAACGUUAAAAACGAAUCAUUUGUACUUUAUCCAAUAUCGAUUAGCGGCGUGGAAACAUUUUCUUCAGCCGAUGAUCCAGACGAACCUGAAAAAUCAUUAGGCAAACCACAAAGGCGACCAAGCGGAUAUAAGAUUCAAGAAAAAUUUCGUGCCGUCGUACAAGGAUCUUAUCAUUUGAUGCAUCCUGUUAUACCUGAGUUACUUCGUGGUCGAGGACAUCUUAUAAUAGCACUUGCCGCUAUAGUUUAUUCUUGUUUGGUCAGUGGCAACAAGUGGACUACCGCUUUGAUCGAUUUAAUUUUUAAUCAGUCUAAUAUAUACCUAAUCGAUCUCGUUAGAGUAUUAGACAAAAAUUUAGAGGACGAAGAAUUCGAAUUACGUUUGGAAGAUGUCAUGGGUGAUAUAAUUUUAGGUGUUUAUUCGGCCAAAAUCAAAUUACAUCCAAACGUAAUUCCUGGUCAUGGUAAAAAGAAGAAAGGUAAACUUGCUAUAGAUAGUGGAAUACGUGAAUUCUUCGAAACUCAAACCGCAGGUAUAUUGGAUAUUAAAAAAUUUUUUUAUGCCAUCUGGAAGGAAGAUAACACAUAUUAUUUCAUGGAUCCAUUUGCUUGCGACGAGGAAGGAUUUCGAAUAAAUUAUGGCGAAGAACGACAGAAGGUUUAUGGUACUAGAGAUGCCGCAUGUGUUACCAUGAAUAGUUCUAUCAAUCAAUUGGUAGAAACUAUUUUAGAAAAUACUCUUAGCAAAGAAAGAGAUCCCUUUUUGAUUCAUGGUAUAAAAGUACUUUACGUGAAAACUGGAAUGAUACAGGAUGGUCCAUUUGAAAAAGUGAUAUAUCGUGAUAGAGGUACUAAUCGUAGACCUUUUGCAUCGUUGACUCAACUUUCUAAAGAAACUGUAGAAAAGAAAUUAGACAUGACACCUAAAAUACGAUUAGAAUAUGACGAAUUUCUAGAUGCUGAAACACAGUUUCCAGAUUUAAUGAGAAAUAUAAAUCAAUAUAUGUUUACGGAUGACGAAGAAGAAGAAGAAGAAGAAGAAGACAAAUCGAUCUUAGAUUCUAAAAUAAAACAAAUCACAGGUUACAACGUGAUCAAUCCUCAUCGGUUGAUAGUACAAGGUACAAAAAAUUGUUUGCAUCCUGAUUAUAAAGCUCGUUAUAAAGGGAGACAAGGUUUGAUCGUUGCAUUGGUGGCUUUGGCAUACAGAAAAUUAAAGAAUCCAUCAACAUGGAGAAACAUCGAUCUUGAUCAGAUAAUAGAUAUUGGUAAUAAAACUUACGAAGAUGUUAUUGAUUGGAUAAAGGAAGGUAAGCCUAAAUUGAAAGGGGAUAGAGAAGAAGAAGAAGAAGAAGAAGAAGAAGAAGUUGAAGAAGAAGAGGAAGAAGAAGACGAAGAUGAAGAAUCUGAAAGAAUUUUAAAAAUGUUACCAACACCGAGUCAUUUAGAUUUAUCAAUGUUACCGGUUAAAUUAAAAUUUGCCGAAAACGAAGUGAUGUUUAAAACAAGAAUGAAUUUAUUAAUCGGUGAAGCUCAUCCUCUGGCGAAUUUAGCUGAAGCAUUGGAAUGUUAUUUCGCUAAGUACACGGAAUUGGUUUUAGAAAAUAAUAAAUUAAUGUAUGGCAUAUGGAAAGAUAAUGAUAAAUACUUUUUAUUUAAUCCUUAUGGAAGUGAUGAAGAAGGUUGGAGACUUUUAAAUUAUCCUGCAUCAUUCGCAGUUGUUGACACGCUUAACGAACUUACUGAUGUUCUUUAUGGUAUAUUAGAAUAUAACAACAAUGAUUUUAUUAUUCAUUUUGUCGCAUUGGAUUCUAUUCAACCUGGCAAAUAUGCUGUCUCCGAACCAAUUGAAAUUCCAGAUGACACUAUGGUGAAGAAAUUUCAAACCAAAUUCUUACCGAUUACCGAUGAAGAUUUAUUACAAUUAGAAAAAGAUGAUAAACCAAUACUAACUGAGAUUCCAUUUGAGAGAGAUAUUACAGAAGAAGAAGAUGAAGAAGAAGAAGAGGAAGAAGAUGAAGGUGAUGAAGAAGACAAAGUUGAAACUCAUUUGAAGGCUCUGGAAGAAGCUGAAAAGAAACCUAUCAUUUCUCCAUUAUUGAUAAUCGAAGAAAAGGAUCAACCUGAUGCUCCUAAUCGUUUGAAUUUAGCUUUGUUGACUGGUAGUGUUAAAGUACAAACUGACGUUGAACUUAUUCAAAAGAUUGUACAUCCAGAAAGAAUUUUAGAAAAAUUGAAAUACACUCAUCCACCUCCUUACGUAAUGCCACCAAAAGCAACACUUGGUAUCCUUCUCGAUGCAAAACGUGCUAAAAGAUCCGUACACUCUUUGGUAUCUAGGUUUUCAAUUGAUUCAAGAUUGGAAGUUAAGAAGAAAAUUGGUCUUUCUGAGAUGCAUUCACAAAAUAAAUCUAUUAUAUUAUCUGUUUCGGAAAAAGAAGUUAAGCCAGCUAAAAUGAUCAAACUUAACAACAGCAGAUAUCUUUAUUCACGCGUCUUACCAAUUUAUUUGAUGCCACUUAGAGCUAUCAAUGAUAGAUAUAUUCAAAAUGUCGAUUUAGAAAAAGAUAAUUCUUUCAUAUGCAAAGAUCAAGGUGAUAGUUUUGAUUUAGAACAAAUUCCUGAAAUACCAACAGGAAUUCGCAUAAUGCCUGAAUUAUUGCCACUUGGUCCUAUUAUUAAAACACCGACUUAUGUUAAAAAAUCAAUUUUUUGUAUCGAAAAGAAGAAACGUAAAUGUCUAUUGUCGAAAAUGGAAAAAGAAGAGCCUAUCACGAAGAAAAUAAUUUGUGAUACUGAAAAUGUACUCCUUGAAAUGAUGUUUCCAAAUUUUCAAGCUUUUCAUCAAGAAGAUAAAAUACAUAAACCACAAAUAGAUGUUGAAGACAAAAUAGAAAUGAAAACAGUUCAAAAUACGAAAGAUCAGAAAGAAAAAGUACUUUUUGAAAAGAAAGAUGAAGGAUUUAAGGUGGUCAACGAUAAUAUUGCUAUACUUCGAUCGAACAUGCGUCUUGAAAAUCGUGCCGAGAUUGAAUCUUGUCACUUCAAGGCUUGUUAUUAUGCUGCUAUGUUGUGUUUAUUAGGAAAAAUUCGAUUGAACAUAGAUCACUUUCGUGGAAUAAAUUUAGAUGAAUUUAUUUACAUGGCUAACAAAAUUUAUCAACGCGUAGGUAAACUACGAUAUAAACCUCUUAGAUGGUUUCAUAAUUUUGAAAUCCUCGAUACAAAGUAUACUGUAAUUAUGAAACAAUCUGUAUAUGCCGAUCCUGAAAAUUGUGAAGCUGAUAAACUUAAAAAUGCUAUGGAAACUUUUAUGACAAAUAAUGAAUCUGGUAUAUUGGUGACAUCAAAUAUUUCUUAUGGUUUUUGGAAGGAUAAUGAUCGAUAUUAUCUUUUCGAUCCUUAUGCUUGUGACGAGAAUGGUAAAUCCAAUGAAGAAGGAUAUGCUUGUUUGAUGGAAUUCUGUGAUGAUUUAUCGUCGAUGUUAGAAAGGAUCGAAGAAAAUGCAGGAGGUACUACAGAUCAACCUUAUCGAUUAUAUACCAUGUUUAUCUCGCAUAUGGAAACGAAAAAGGAUCGAAAAAGGAAGAAGAAAAAGAAAAAGAAAACUCAAUAUUGUAUUGAAAAAGUUAAGGAAGAAGUACCACAGGAGGAGUCAGCUGAUUUAGAAGAAGAAGAAGAAGUAAGAAAAAGUGAUUCGGAAACGUCAUUAAUCGAAUCGACAGAAUGGAUCAUAGCGGAACGUAAAUUGGACGUUGUACAUGACAUGACUAAACCAGGAUUCUCCCCUAUUCGAUACUACGAUGCUUCGAUGUUAGACGUAAUUGUAUUAGAAGAUGAAAUAACAAGGCCAUUAUUAGCACCGUUUAAAACAAAUAUUGAAAGAUUCAUGAAUGAGAAUCGUGACCCAUCCGAAUUGAUGAAAUUAAUGAUAAGAAGAAAACCAUACGAUAGAAAAUUUAAGGAACACGUUUCAGUUAUUACACCUAUAGAUCUUUGCAUAAUGGCUUGGUCAUUGAUCCAUGAUCCUGUACUAUGGUCUGUACGAAUUAUCAGAGGUUUGUUCGAAGCUAGUUGCGAUUAUACGUUUGAUAGUAUAUUGGCAACAGAAGAUUCGACUGUCAGUAAUAUGUCUGAUGGUCUUUUACUUGAAUUUGAGAUUGCUAAUUAUGUAUUUCGUCCCGUAUUUGUACCUUUACAUUAUGGAACUCUUUAUGCUAUCGAGGGAUGGAAUUUAGCAAUGUCUUUAAAAUACGUUUUUGAUAGUCCUGCUUAUACCGGUGCAAUUAUCGUCUGUGAAGAUAGUCAUAUAGGUGUUACCAAAACUAACGAUAAUUAUUUUGCUUGGUGGGUAAUCAAAAAGACUAAAAUAUUACGAAUAAUCACUUCGACGAAUAUAAAGGAAUUUUUGAGGAUUAUUAUAAAAGAGAUCAAUCAAACUGAAGAGAUCCAAUUUAUUAUGAGAGUCGUAACAAUUUCUUAUGCAAAAAAGCUAGAUCCUGAUUGCACCGAUGUUAAAGGAUUACACGAAUUUGUUCUACCUACGACAUCUUUAGCUGAAAUACAUAAAAUGGAAGCAGAGCCAUACGACUUAGAAGCAAUAUUCAAACCUACUGUUCCAGAAACCAAACCAAUUUUCAUAAUGGGAACCGUUGCUCUAAGUGAUCGAGAAACUGUUAAAGAGCCUAGAGUUAAACGUUGCUAUUUCGUAGCAAUUUUAGCUGUCAUGUUUAAGAGGGAUAUCAUUCAGAGUCCUCUUCCAGGAAUGAUCGAUAAAAUAAUUGAAGUAGCUGAAAGUCUUUACAGGGAAUAUCACGAACCCAAAUUUCACACCGAACAUAUUUUGAGGAAUGUUACUUUGAUGAAUAGAAUUUUUGAUCUUCGCGAUUGUGCAUCAUGUUUGGUACCAUUUACUAUCGAUCCUCGUACCGAGAGAAAUGAUUUUUAUAUUCAAGUAAGGAAAUAUUUGAAGAAACACUUUGUUAAAUAUAGUAGUGGUAUCAUACAAUUUAGUAAUUGUUGUUACGGAUUUUGGUAUUCAAGAUCAACUAAUUCAUAUUACUACUUAGAUCCUUAUCAAUGCAACGAUAAUGGAAGAAAAGUAUUGACCAAUGGCGUGGCAUGUUUGUGUAUAUUUUCAAGUAUUUGUCAAAUGGUCAAAAACAUGUGUUUCAAUCAAAUGGAAGAGUCAACAGGAUUUUUUAUUCAUCGACUUCACGUUGAUUCGGUUAACGUUUCCCCGUCAAUCGAAUUCCAAGAAGAUCCAAUGUGGAUUUAUUUAGAUUAUCAUUGGACUUUUGAUCAUGCUCCGGAAAUAAUUAAAAGUGAUAAGAAAUUAACGAAAAAAAGACAAAAGAAGAAACGUUACAAUAACGAGGAAGAAAAAGAGAAACAAAUGAAAAUAUAUUGGAACAAUUAUGUUAUAGAAGUAACAGAUUUAAUAUAUUCGAUUUGGGGUACAAUCGGUUGCUAUGAUUCAAAGUUUGGUAAUCGUGCUGGUAAAAAUCAAGCAGCUAUUUGCGUAGCUGUAUUAGCCAUGCAAUAUUUAAGUCAUCCAUCGAGAUGGAAUUCUGCUGUCUUAGAUUCAGCAGUUAUAUGCGGGGAUUCUUAUUAUACCGAAAGUUUGAAGAGUUCAAUCAAAAAAUGUUCGAAACAUUCAAAUAGAUACAAUUUACAACCUUGUUUCAGAAUAUUUCCCCACGUUUGGACGAUCAAUUUUUCAGAACCUAUUUGCGGUAUUCUUUAUGGUGGUCGUAACAGAUUAACUUUAGCCAAUGCUUUGAAAAGUGCAUUCGACGAUGCACCAAAUAUUUUAAUUGAAUGUAACAAAAUUACAUUGGGUGCUUUGCUCUCUAAAGAUGGAUAUUACGUAGGUGAUCCUUGUUGGGUCGGUCCACCGUUAUUUAAUAAAGAUCGUGGUGCUAUUUAUGUUUUACGUUGUAAAAAUCUAAAUUCUUUUGUCUAUGCCGUUACAAAAAUAUUGAAUACUAAUCAAAGAUUAGAAUUUCGUAUAACACCUGUGAUAUUUACGUUCGAACAAGAAAACUUUAAGUUGAGUAGCAAAGGACAUGUCGCAAGAAGGAAGAUACUUUUGGAACCUCUACAAACUAUUCCAGGAAAAGUAGAAGGAUAUGACGUAUCAAUUCCAGGAGGUCAAACUGUAACUGAAGUUGAUUCUUAUUUAUGGUAUAGCAGGAAACUAGGUCUUGGCGUUGAAAAAGCCCAUGAAUUGGAAAAUCCUCAAUUACCCUCUCUAGCUCCUCAAUUGAAAAAGGAGAAUUUAAAUAGCAUGCUUGUUAGUACUACGUGGCAUCUUAAUCUAGGCCAAUCCAAACGUAUAAAGAAAUCUUCUCCAUUAUUAUUCGAUCUUAAAUCUUUACAACACGUUUCUGAAGAAUGUGAAAAGAAUAUGGUUGCUACUUUCGAAGCACAUUAUCCACCGAAAAUGUCUAUCUCUGAUAGACUUAAAGUUUGCGAUGAUUAUCCUAAUGAAAUUGAUUUUAUGAGUCGUCAUUUGAGCAAAUCUACGAUCAUUCGAAAAAUCGAUCCGGAUUCUAGUGUAGGCACUUCGAUAAUUAGUAAACCAUUAGAUUGUUCCAAGCCACGUAGUUUCAUUUUGGAUGAUACUCGUAUUGAAUUUAACAAAUUAACAGCCGAUAUGGCUGAUGAAAUGUAUAAAACUUAUCAACAUCGUGACAUACGUCGUGACAUACCUCGUGACAUACCUCGUGACGAAAAGGAAGAUAUCGUUGAGGACGAUUUCUUGAAAGAGAAUGAUUUUGAAGAUGAAACGGAUGAAGGGACGAUUUAUCAUGAAGAUGAAGAAGAAUCUGAUACUACUUUAAUGGACGAAACUAUCACAGAUGAUGAUGAAUGA